AUGCCACAAGAUGCUGCGUUCGAUCUCUACGAUGAGCGUUGGAGGGACUGCUGGAUUGCGGCAACCUCGACAGCUCGACUGAGAAAGAAGCAAGUGGAUAUGGAUAUCCAGAACCGCGUGCAGCGGCUGAUUGAGACCCACGGCCCGAACACGGAGAAGCCAUUGACCUUGAGGGUGUAUGGCACCAUGAUCAAGGGCUUCUGCGUGAUCAACAAUGAGCGAGCCCGGUCUCUGUACUAUGACUCAGAAAGGGUGGUGCUGAUGUUCGCUCGGCAACCCUUCACUGAGGACAGCAAGAUCCGCUUGCCCGCAGCCAAGCGGCAGCGCAUGGAGGCGGCGCUGACGCUGGACCUGGAUGUGUCCAAAGCCGAGGCCUUCGAUUGGACCCAGGCGCCUUUGGAGGAGGGCGCCCUGCUGCAGCUGGGGGAGGUACCUAUGGAGCUGGAGCUGCCGGCGCCGCAGCUGCUGGACCCCAGCUGCGAAGCCAAGGACUGGUUGCCACGCUUCCCGGAGCUGGGCCCGCCGGAGCCGCAGCCGCAGGUGCCGCCGCCAGAGGCGCCAGAGGCGCCGCAGGCGCGAGAGGCGGAGGUGACGUUGCUGGAGCCCGUGCCAUCGCAGCUGGUGCCUGUCGAGGUGCCGCUGGAGGCGAGGGAUCCGGCGCCCGGCGCUCCUGGCGACUUGGAGGCGGCGAUCCAGGCGUCCAAGCGGCGCAAGGAGCGGGCAGCGCCCCUGUUGCAGCCGGGCAUGGUCUACGGCUUCGACUGCAACCCGCUGGUCUCGGCCCAGGAAUUCGAGGAGUGGCAGGCCGGGGAGGCCUUGAACCGGCCGCGGCUGCAGGCAGCCACCUAUGCAGAGGCGAUGGAGGAGGAUUUUCAGGCGGCUGACCAUUUGGGAUGCAGUCUACGGCUUUUGGUGGAUCCAGACAGCACCCUCUACAUGGAGCAUGGAGCUGGGGUGAGGCUGACAGAGUUGCCGCAGAUGCAGUCGUUGCUCAGCGCGCCUGCACCUGAUCUUGGAGCUGAGCCUGCAAAGUUGCAUGAGGCAGUUGAGGAGAGCCUGGUCAUCGACGCCCUGAUGAGGAAUGAGGACCAUGAGGCUUUUGCCGGAGAAGGUCCUGCCUUUGGCAACGAGGCGCAAGAUGAUCACACGGCAGAGCUGGGGGAGAACAUCUGCCGCCGCCUGCGGAGCGAAGGGACCGUGACGCUGGAUAUGAUCGUGCCACCUGGCCAAGCCACUCGGGCUACUGCAGCGCUCACCUUUGCAGCAGUGCUGGCUUUAGCCACUGCAGGUGAGUUUGCUGUCCACCAACCGGAGCCUUAUGCUUCCAUCACAUUGUCCGAACUGGGCUGUAUUCAGGUAGAUUGA